UGUAGCUUCAGUUUACUCCCAGUCGUCGAGCUGAUAUCACUGAAUGUUCUAAAACCAUUCACUAUGUGUACGAGUUGUAUGGUGCGACAACAGCGCUCGUGCCAGUUCGCACAAUGCUUAUAUAGAGCACGAAAGAAAGUGAGAAAAGAAAUAAUCCUAAUGUAAACAAACAGCACGGUCUAUUGUUUUAGUGCAAACGGUUUCUUGGGAAUGUAACGUGACACUUCAGUUUGGACAUCGAAUCUGAAAUGUUCACACGCUGCAUUUGAAACAGUUUAAAAAUGCCGAAAGAAAAUUUGUUUUGAAAUCGCGAUAGUUUCAGCGAUGUGAAUAAAUUAAUUUCAAAUAUGAAAAAAAUAUUCACGAAGGCUCCAGCACGCAAGCACAAAUUUCAAGCGAUGUUCCCUGGAACCGCAAUUCCGCCACAGCCGAUCGUAACGAGAUGGGGCACGUGGACUGAAGCAGCAGUGUACUUUGCCGAUCAUUUUGAGAAAAUCAAAACCUUCUUAAAUGAUCUUGAUUCAGAAGAUGCAAAAUCUAUCAAAAAAGCCAAGUUAGUAAUUCGCGUGUCAACGUUGAAGAAAGACCUGGCUUUUAUAAAAGCGAAUUUCGAAUGUCUUGUUACUGGUGUGACGAAACUACAAGGAAAAGGAAUGCCACUUGCAACUUCACUCGAAAUUGUUGAAUCAAUUCGCACUAGCCUUCAGUCAAUGCGUGGUAGGACUGAAUUUUUGAACAAGUUUGAUAGAGUUAUUGCACGCAACAACGGAUUUCUACAAAUGAAAGAAAUCUCUACAAUUUUGAGCAAGGGAAAAUCAACACGUCAAGAUAACUUCAUUGAUAUGCUGUCACCGGAAGAGCUUAGUUGUUUUUUGUAUGCACCAAUUACCUCAUGUGAUGUAGAGAGAACAUUUUCAAAAUACAAACAAGUUCUGGGAGAUCAACGUCGUUCGUUUUCAUUCGAAAAUUUAAAAAUGCAUGUCGUUAUUUAUUGCAAUAGCUUUGAUUAGUCUUUGGCUAACGUACUUUCUUUAAAAAACGCCUAAAAGUUGCUAUUUAUAAGGAAAUUUAACGGUUUUUAAUAAAAAUAUUUUAAAUAUUUUCGUAAA